AUGGCCCCCACUUCAGUUUCAAAAAAGCGUAAGCGCAGUGAAGCUGGAGACGACGCAAAGGCCUCCUUUGUGCUGUCCACCCAGUCUAAAUCGCAACUGGGCCCUGUUCUCGCUAAUUUCCCCUCCGUCAAACCCUCAAAAUCAACUACAUUCAGUUGCUACCAGACCAGGGGCAAUGCGAAAGCUGUAGGAGACGCGGACGACGCCGAGUUCGUUGAUUUGCCCACUCUCAUUGCCGGGGAAACCGACUCCGUCGACUUCCACUCGGCCAACCAAGCUACAGGAUGUCGGUACUUGGUCGGCGUGCACGACAAGAAAACUGGCAAAACCACUAUCCGUCCGGCACCUCUCCACAUCCUUACACGCGAUGUUAAGGCUCUUAAAGGCCAAGAACCUAUAGCUGUCUCAGUGCUCCAGCGGCUGGAAGCUCGUGCUGCACUGGGUGAGUCGUUUGGUACCAAAAAGGCCAAACUGGCCAUCAAGGCACAGGAGCGGAAUAAGGUCGAUGUCUCUGCCAUGGAAACUGUGGUAGAUCAUCUGCAGGAGAGCAUACAAAAGAGCACUCAGGCUCUGCCGUCCAAAGAGGAGGCUCAGGCCACGGCUGAUAGCACGCGUUUGGUUCCUCCUUAUAACGCGGAAGCUACUGUCCCUAGCGAAGUUUAUCCCCUCCACAAUAUAAUCCCUGAGACAGAAUGGAAAACACUAUCUGAGGCUCCGUUUUUGGUCGUUGGACAAAACCAACGAAUACCGCUCCUUCCCUUUCAAAGAUCCAAAUGGAUCAAUCAGCGUUUGCAUUCAAUCUGCGACUCUUCAUCUCCUAGCAAAACUGACAUCAAGAUUCUUCAGUACAUCGCGUAUAUGAUGCUGUUCCGGCAAUUGGCCAUCCAAAGCAAUCUUGGAAAAGUUUCUCUGCAAGAGAAGUUAACCUCUAUGCCGUCCGUUGUUGCAGACGGUCUGUUGUCUCGAUUCACGGAGAGUGCAAGGACGUCUUCCAAGUCACAAUUCACGUCUCAGAAAGAGACGCUGCUGCUAACACACAUGUUCGCACUGUGCCUGCGUGUUGAUGAUUACGCAACGAAUACUGAAAUAAUAGCCAAAGAUCUGAGUCAGUCCUACACAGUCGUAAGUGAGAUCAUUAAUACGCUCUUCAAGUCAUUGGGAUGCCAGAUCACUAAGCUCACUGUUGCGGACCUGAAAAGGCUUGGUCUUCCCGACAGUGCUGCAGAGACGAAACACGCAUUACUCAAGGUUCCGCUGGAGUUUCCAAAGCCGCGUGGUAAACGUCGACAUGGAUAG